AUGUCGACCGAAGCAGAUCAAGACUGGUCCAAACUCAAGGUCGUACAGCUCAAGGUCAGCACCACGGGUCCUAGUUGAGCAGCUGAAGCCGAGCCGAGCUGCUGACCGUUCCCUCGGCUCUGGGACGCUUCCACCAGGCGCACCUCAAGGAUCUUGGCCUCGCCGUCGUAGGCAAAAAGGAUGAGCUCGUACAACGUCUGACCGACCACUACGAGCAGCAACAGCAACAGCAACAGCAGCCAUUGGAGCCAUCAGAACAAGCACACGAAGCAGAGCCAGAGCUAGAGCCGGCCCAUGACGAUGCAGCUGCACCCGUCGAGGCCGCUGCCGUCGACGACUCGUCAGUACAGGAGGUCGAAAUCACAACGCAAGCCGCCAUACCCCAGAUCAGAUCAGCGGAAAGCUUGGCUACCCAGAACGGCCACAACGAACAGCCCAAACCCAAACGGGCCAAGCUGGACAUCGACCUCGACCACACCGCCCUGGCCCCACCCACCCCGCCGCCACCGUCCCCACCACCAGCACCAGAGACGAAACAGCAAGAGCUUCGAGAACACAAAGCACACGCUCCUCACGGCGAGGAUGAUCACGGCAGCAAGCCCAAAGACGAUCCCGAGGAGCCGCCAGACUAUGACCUGCAGUUCCAGGCCAUCGACGAUCAGGACGACUCAACACGGCCGACCGACCUCUACCUCGACACAGUGAGUCUCCUCGAGCACGAAUAGUCCAGAGGCUUGAACAACCAACUCGGACACUGACCAACUCCCCACUCCGACCUACCCGGGGAUCAGAUCAACCGCCACGCGCUCGACUUUGACUUUGAGCGACUGUGUUCCGUCACGCUCAGCCAAAACAACAUCUACGCCUGCCUCGUCGACGGCAAGUACUUCCAGGGACGCGGCAAGUCCAGUCCCGCCUACGCUCAUUCGAUCGCAGAGGACCACCACGUCUUCAUCAACCUCACAACUCAAAAGGUGGGGGAUACCCCCACAUCGAUCCUCCUCACACGCUUCCCAAGCUGACCCGUGCCCCGUUCCUCCAGGUCCACGUGCUUCCCGACGGUUACCAAGUCAACGACCCCUCCCUCGACGACAUCAAGUACCACCUCUUCCCCACCUUCGCCCCGACCCUCUUGCAGCGCAUCGAUGCCGCCGAAAAUCCGAGCUACGACCUCGCCCAGAAGCCCUACUACCCCGGUUUCGUCGGUCUCAACAACAUCAAAACCAACUCGUACAUGAAUUGCAUCCUCCACGCCCUCGUCCACGUGACGCCCUUGCGCAAUUACUUCAUCCUCGACCCGCACGUCACCUCGUCCGACGCGACCGAGCUUGUCCGUCGCUUUUCGAUGCUCUGUCGCAAGAUCUGGAACCCGCGCGCCUUCAAAGCCCAAGUAUCACCGCACGAGCUCUUGCAGGAAUGCGCCAACGCGAGUGCCAAGCGCUUCAAGAUCACCCAGGCCAGCGAUCCGCUCGAGUUUCUGGGCUGGCUGCUCAAUGCCCUUCAUCGCGAUUUGGGAGGCAACAAGAAACCAAAAUCGAGUACGUCUACACCUGACUUUUGUGAACGUCAUUCCCUUGCGUUGGCUAAAUUGGAAUAAGCCGGCUCGUCCAGGCGUCAUCUACAGCGCUUUCCAGGGCGAAGUCCGAGUCGACGAUCAGCAGGUCCUCACCACGGGCGAAUACGGCGGCAAACCACGCUUCGAUCUUGACCGAGGUACGUUCCGCUUGACCUCGAUCUUCGCGCGUUCUAUACUAAUCUAUAUCUUUUGUACCCUUCCAGACAUCAAAUCCACCACGAGCCCCUUCCUCUUCCUCGCGAUCGACCUCCCCCCACCCCCCGUCUUCCAAGACUCGGUCGAAACCAACAUCAUCCCCCAAGUGCCCAUCUCCGCCGUCCUAGCCAAAUACGACGGAAGGACCACGCAGGAAUCCAAGGGCACGCUCCGAAGAUGGAAGUUGACAAGGUUACCGCCGUUUUUGAUCUUGCACAUCAAGCGCUUCACGAAGAAUAACUUUGUCGAGGAGAAGAACCCGACGAUCGUCAAUUUCCCGCUUAGAGGGGUCGAUAUGGCGGAUUGUGAGUCGGAGCACCCAAAUCAGAUAUCACUCUCAAGGCUGUGCCAGCUGACAUUCACUCCCUUUUAACCCUCCUAGAUGUCGAAGGCAAUCAGUCCAUUGCGCAAUACUACGACCUCGUAUCCAACAUCACCCAUUCCUCAGCCGCCGGCACAGCGCGAGAAGAAACGACGUGGAAAGUCAACGUCCAUCUCCGAACGCAAAGGGAUCUAGAGACCGGCAAGUUAAGCCGACCUGGGAAAGGUGACGACGAUGAAAAGUGGUAUGCGAUUCAGGACUUGAUCGUCGAGGAGAUCAAUCAGCAGUUGAUCCCGUUGGGGGAGAGUUAUAUUCAGGUGAGCGCCUAAAAAGAUGUGAACGCGUAGAAGAGAAGAGGUGCUGAUGGUCUUUUGCACUCGAAAUGAUCUGUUAGAUUUGGGAACGGCGAGGAGCGGCGAACCAGCCCCUAGUCGUAGAAAAGCCCAAACCCAAGUCGACCAAGAUUUGA